AUGAGCGAAAAUCCAACAGUAUUAAAUUCAGUUAGACAAGCUUUAGCACUUGCAAGAAUUGGUGUAAAUGCAGAUAAUAGAGGCGAUUAUGCAGUUGCAAUUCAUAAUUAUAGAGAAGCAUCAAAUCUAUUGAAUGCUUCAGAGGAUUUAUCAACUUUAAAUGAUGAACAUUAUAAAACUAUGAUUGAAAAAUCAAAACAAUAUUUAGAUAGAGCAGAUAUGUUAGAACAAUUAUUACAAGGUCAACAAGGUGGUGCAACAUCAACUAAAGAAAACUUUACAUUUGUUGAAGAGAUACCAAUUGUAUCAUCAGGAUUUUUAGACCCAAUACCAGCUUUUCCAUCAUAUAAACCAUUUUGGCUAAUGAGAGUACUUAGUAAAACAAUAAAGAGUGGUGCAUAUUUAACACCACGUCUCUACAUACCAAAAUCGAUUUGGCAACAAACCGGUUGUAAAUUUACAGCCGUUGAAACUAAAAUUAAAAGUUUAGAAGUUUUACAAGAAUGUUUACAAAAUUUAAAAAAACUUCAUAUACAACAUACACCACCAUCAUCACAUCAAUCCGAUCAACAAUCAUCACAACAACAACAACAACAACAAUCACAACAACAACACAAUCAUUCUUCAUUACCUUUUGAUAAAAAUAAUAUUGAAACAGUUUCAAAAGAAACAGAUUCAUUCUGUUCACAAUUAGAUAUCAUUCAAAAUAGUUUACAUUUCCAUCUUUCAUUUAUACCAGAGAUUAAAAUUGAAAAAGUUAAUGAAAAAGGUUGGGCAAAUAAAAUGAAAAAGUUUGGUAACUCUUUAGCAAAAGGUGCUGUACGUUUAGCUCCUUCUUCAAAAUUGGAAGGUCAAGAUUAUAUAGGUUUAUUAAAUUCAGUUUUUGAAGAAAGUCAAUUUUUAGAAAGUUGGAUGAAUUGUUGUGAAAGUAUUGGACAUAGUAGUCUUUCAAAUCGUUUGCGUCGUGUUGGUGAAUUCUUUUCAGUUGUAAUUUGUUCAUUUGUUAUGAAAGACUUUACAAUUUUAUUGGAAAGGUAUAUGAGAAAAAGUUUACAAACAUUUAUGACAAUUAAUAAAUUUAAAUAG